AUGUCUGUGAACCCGUUCCCUACUCAUACCAUAUCCCACAAAUCAACAAAGCAGGUGCGACAAAAAUAUCAGCGAUUGAAAGCUGAUUAUCAGACGUUUAAGCGAUUACAGGCUACCAGAAAUGUAAAGAAGUUUAGGACAAAAGAAUUUGAGUAUUUCCAAGAAAUGGCAGAAAUUGUUGAAAAUUGUUGUGCCACAAGGGCCUUGUCUUGUGCAUUCACACAAGGAGCCCUCGACUCAGAUGAAGAAGAUGAAAUGCUAAAUAAAUUUUGGAACCCUGAAAUUGGUGGAAGUAAUGCUGCUGAAGCCAUUCCUGUUGACUUAUUCCGCGAUGAGUACACGGAUCCAGCGAAGGGCAAAAGUCACAAGAGGGGCCCUACAAGCAGUCAAACUGACAGUGGUCGUUCGAAAAAGUCACGAUCAAGUGGGUUUGAUAAUGUGUGCGUAGCUUACACAUUCUACGUACAAGAAAAAACAGAACAUUCACGUGCACUAUCGAAUGACACAGAGGUUGUAAGUGCAUGUGGUGAUGAGUAUUCCCUUGAUGUAUGUCAAGAUGCAUUGCUAGAGCUGGGGGACAUACCAUCGGUGCAGUACGUUAAGGCACUGACACUGUUUAAAGACAAGGAAUGGCGAAGACAAAACAAUAUGUCAUCCGACACAGAAAACAAUGCAAUGGAGAUCUCAUCAGAGGAGGAUGAGGAUUGUGCUGGUGCUAUCGAUGGCACAUUGGUGGAUGCAUGGGUCCCUGCUUCAAGACAAAAUACAUUCCGUAGUCGCAAAUCUACGGUAUCGCAAAAUGUACUCGCAGCUUGCGACUUCGACAUGUUGUUCACAUUUAUUAAUUCUGGAUGGGAAGGUACAGCUCACGACAACGCUAUUUUAGUUGACUCUAUUACAAGAGCAGAUCUACAGUUCCCACACCUACCCUAUGGCAAGUAUUAUUUAGUGGAUGCUGGUUUCACGAACAUGCCUAGAUUUCUUGCCCCAUUUCAUUCCCAACGCUAUCACUUGCAAGAGUUUCAUGACCGUCAUUAUUCAGGACCCAAGGAAUUGUUUAACCAUCAACAUUCGUCAUUACGCAAUGUCAGAGAAAGAACAUUUGAUGUUCUGAAGAAGCGAUUCCCAAUAUUGCGGUCCAUGCCAAAUUACAAGUCUACAAGACAAGGCCCUCUCGUGAUCGCAUGUUGUGUACUGCACAAUUGGAUCCGUUUGCAUGCAGAUAUGGACCUAUUCUUCAUGGAAGCUGAUAAUGAAAUGGCAACAGAAGUGGAAGCAGACAGGUUUGUUGGAGACGAACCUAACUAUGUUGACAUGUCACAACAUGGGUUGACAUACCAAUCUAACUUUAGGGAUGCAAUUGCUACUGCUAUGUGGCAAAAUCAUGUUGGCCAUGGAUAG